AUGGGAGAACGCAAAGUCCAGAGCAAGUAUUAUCCGCCAGAUUUUGAUCCGAGGAAGAUACCUCGACUUCGGAGACCGAAGAACCAGCAGAAAAAGAUUCGAUUUAUGCUUCCGGUACGGAUUCGUUGCAACACAUCUGGUACUUACAUGUCGGAGGGCACUAAAUUCAAUUGCCGACAAGAAGAAGUCGUUGGAGAGAUCUACGCAUGGGAGAUUAAAAUCGUCAGGUUCUACAUCAAGUGUACAAACUGCUCGGCCGAGGUGACCAUUAUAACCGAUCCUAAGAACAAUGGUUAUACUGUGGAAUCAGGUGCGACUUGCCUUUACAAUAACAGACACGAGGAGGAAGAAAAGGAGGUAAUAAACGAAAACGCAUUGGAGUCUUUAGAGAAGAGAACUAUAGUGUCUAAAAGAGAGAUUGAAGUUAUGGCUACCCUUGAUGAGAUGAAAUCUAUGAAGUCUAGACGAGCUUCCGUGAGUGUAGACUCAAUGCUUGAGGCUUUGAGUAAAAGGGAAAAGCAAGAAGAAGAAGAGAAAGAGGAGGAGGAGGAAGUGCUUAUAAAGUCUAUACGAUUUGGUAAGCGGACAAGGAUUGAUGAUGAAGAGGGAAAAAUUGAUGAGGAGAAGAAGAAAAGCCCUAAUAAGAGACGUGGUUGUGGUAAAUCUCCAGUGCAAAUCUCCUCAGUUCGUGUAAUCACGAAGAAGUCUACGAAUAAUAAUAAGCUACCAAUGGGACUCCAAUCUCUAUGCCACAACUAUGGCACCGACAACGAUGAGGACUAG